GUAGGCCGUGUUGCGCCUUUGCCUUCGUCUUGUACAUAUAAAUACAGGUUUUAACCAGCCGGUUUCGGUGAUGUGAUGGCCUUUCUCACUCUAUUUAUGCGAAGGCGGCUGCCGCGGACCGCCAGCCUCCUCGGCCGCUUGGCGGAGCCGCUCGGCCGGUCUGCCCGCGCCGGAGCCCCGGUGCUGAGGAGACUUCACGACUGGGCUCGGCUGCGGGCCGGAGAGAAGCCCGGGCCGUGGUGCAAGAACCGGGCUCCGGAGCUGCAGUACCAGCUCACUGAUCUCGAUAAGGCGGACGCUUUGAUGCUGAGGAAGUCUCAUGAAACAGGUUACCUCUCUUGGUUCAGGAACGGUUUGCUGGCGACCGGGAUUGGAGUCAUCGCGCACACCCAGAGUGAAAGGGGCCUAGAAGCGAGCUAUGCCUUCAUCUUCCUGGGCGGCAUUUGCGUGAUGUUGGGCAGCGCCUCCUACGUCGGCAGCCUUUUCACCCUGCGAAGGCUGAUGCUGAUAUCCGUGCCAGCUGCGCUGCUCCAGGGGGCCGUGGUGGGCAGCAUCGUCCUCUUCUGGUUCAGCGCCAUGGCGCUCUACACCGGCAAGCUGGAGAUGGAGAUCAUCCAUGAGGACGAGGAGAGAGAGGAGGACGAGAGGGAGUGCAGGGAGUGCCGUGACAGGCGCCAGCAGCGAGGUUAUCAUGGCUCUCAGGACGGUGAAGAAAGCAGCAGCAGCAGCAGGGGACAAAACAAGUAGAAGUCUUCCAGGAUGGGUGUGUGUUGCUCUGAUUCAGGGUUUCUGUCAUUGGAAUGUGUGUGUGCAGGCUGCGUGUGCGCCUAAAGAUUAUCUGUCAUUGUGAAGAUUAUUCUGAAUAUUCAGGGGAAGAAAGACAUAACGUUUUGAAAAAUUCGCUGAAAAUUGUUGAUAAAAUGGUUGUUUGACACUUUUGGUGAAUCUAUCUUAUUAAACUU